AUGAAUGAAAUUAAUUAUCAAGGUUAUAUACCCACAGUAAGAAGACCGAAAAAGUGGUUUUUGCUGUUUGUGGCUGUUUUAGCAGACGACAGUCCUCAAGGGCUCAUCUCCACAGACAAUAACCAAGACUUGGUGGCAGAAGCGACGCAGAAUGGUGCCCAAAAUCAAAAACGUGAUGCCGGUUUGUCAAAUUCUUAUGGAGAGCCAAUUCCCGCCGAUUCUUAUGGACCACCUUUAAAUAUACCAAACCUAGUUGCAGAGUUGCCAAUACCGGUUUACGGAGUACCAGAAACCAAUGUGUUCGUGGAGACGCCUCCCGGCGCGUACGGCCCCCCAGCUCCUGUUGUGUUCCCUGAUCAAAACUACGAAGGUCCACCCCCACCGGUGGGAAAACCAAAACCAAUCUAUGGACCUCCCAAAUUUCAUGCUCCAAAACAAACCUAUGGACCACCCAAACCAAUUUAUGGACCACCCAAGAAGACGUAUGGCCCACCAAAGCAAGGUCCCCCGAAAAUUAGCUACGGACCCCCAUUCAAGCCACCGAAAAUAUCAUUCCCGAAACCGUCUUAUGGUGUUCCUAAACCAGUUUAUGGAGCCCCCAAACCCGUGUACGGACCUCCAAAACUCGGCUUCGCACCUCCUCCUUUAAGUGUCCAGAACAUUCCAGUGCCCAACUUACCAAUUUCUCCGCCACAGAAUCUGGGAAUAGUUGGUGCGAGCAUCGGAAAUAUCGGCAGCUUUAAUACGAUUGAAACAAACUUUGGUAGUCUCGAAGCAAACGUAGGAACAAGUCUAGGUGCUAACUUUGACUUAGGUCUGAAUUUACCCGCUCCAAUAUAUGGCACGCCUAUAACAAGUUUGCCUGGCAACUUGAAGCCUAAAUUCCCGAUACCUUCCGACACUUACGGGCCUCCCGGUCUUCCAUUAGGCCCUGUAGGUCCCAACGAUCAGAUCGUAGUACACGAUCUAGGUAGUAUCGGACAUUACGGGCCUCCACAACCGGAUCCGAACCCAAGACCUCCUCAUCCGGGUAUUCCAGCUCCUCCAACACCACCGCAUGUCUUAUACGAUGGAUGGAAACCAAUACCUGGUGUAUCAAAACCUUUCCAAUCUGUAGAGAACGUGCAUUUCGAAAUAAAUAACAAUGCAGGACAGAGUCACAUUGAAACGUUAGAUCAAUACGGUCCACCUCCACCUAUCGUUCAAGAAGUACAAAUAAAUCUAGACGGCCAUUCACUCCCUAGUCUGAAUCAACAAUCACAAUUUUCUGGAGCGCAGAUCUCAUCAGGAUACUCUAACGUACACCAAGACGCAUUAUCAAAUAUUGACUUAAAUGCUAUCGUCGGCGGCGAUUCGAACCAUAUCGAUCAAUCGAAAACAGUUUUCGAAGCUCAUUAUACAGAAAAUAAUAAUGCUGAUUUAGCGCUUAUCCAGGGCUCUAUACCUGGAAAAUUCGAUAGCUAUAGCGCACCGCCCCUGGAGUCACUUUCCAAUGGACCUUACCCACCAUCCUUGAGACAGCAAGGAGCUAAAGGACUCAUCCCACCAUCCGGAAUAUACGGCGUUCCUCCUGGGAACCAAUACGGUGCUCCACCCAAGCCAUUACCCGCCAACUUGCCUAUACCAUAUGGCUCAUUUUCCGGUGGUGGUCAUUCCAUUCACACCGGCGGCCACACUCCAAGACAUCCUAUAAAAUUCAGGGAAUCUGUCCCCGAAGGACUCAUUCAGCAGAUCAGCCACGUGACCCAUCACAAAGACGCUCACAACAUAGAUCAUGUGAAACAAGGGCCCGCAUAUUUGCCGCCACCAAUCAAAGACGUGAAAGAAAUAAACCAGCAUUCAAGCCAAGCUCUUAAUGGCGUAUCCUUAUCCAUUGAGCCUUCAAAUCUAUACAGUUUACCUCAUUCUGGAGCUCCUCUGACCUUCCAAGUCCAGCAUCAGCCCAGCAACCUGUACGGAUCUCCAAUCGACUCGUAUUCUGUUCCGCUUUUAACCGUAUCUGAUCACGUGACAUCCGAUUCUAGUGACAACGCGGUAGCCGCUACAAUUGAUGGAAAGGUUUUAGCGAAUCUCUCCAAUUUAGAAGCCGCGGCCAUUCUAAAACACUGUCCGUAUCAUGAGGCCAUACUUAAAGCUGCUAAGUUAGGCGAGAAAAUUCCGGCGGAAUUAGCUUCGAGCUACGUCGCCAGUUUAAGCUCUUUAGGCUCAGCCUUCCACAAUCAUCAUGCCCUCAUGUCAACACAAAACGGUUUCAACAUCCCCAUUCCUUCAAGCGAAUCGGUUUCUUACAACAAUAAAGAUCUCUCCACCGCCUCUCACACUUUAGUACAAACGGUUUUACCAAAUCAGAUAGAAAACGAAAAAACGGUCAAAGGUAGCGUACAAAAAGGAAAAUCUAUCAGAGACCAAAAGGAUUCACAGAAACAGAACUCUUUACAAUACGUGUCCGAUCAAAUUUAUCACACUUCAGAGAAAAUUAAAAAUCUCAGCGAAGAAACGAAGCAACUGCAACAGAAAAUAGUUUCAAACAGUCAGAAUUUCAAUCAAGUUAGCUCACAGUACUCGCAAUUUGCUUCGGAAAUACCAGGUAAGGACCAGACCUAUUCAGUCCAAAUACAGUCCUCUGAUGACGGUAAAGGGAAGUCGAAUAGCCCAAGCAUACCACACGAACAGCUCCUCUCUGAAGGUUUGCUACAGAGUAUUCUCCAAGCAAUCGAACAACCAUCACAGAACCCACCCAAAAACAUACAGAAUUACAACGAGCUCAAAACAAACACAUACUCAAAUAACCAGAACCAACAGAGCCUUAAUUACCAAGCCAGCGGUUCCGGAUACGAUAAUUUAGACGAAGGAGGUCUAGUUCUCCCGGUGGGUUACGAACCAGUGGAUAGAACGAAGACCCAAAAAGACCAGGAGUUUCAAGGAACCCAGGAUAUUAAACACGUAUUACAACGAGAAGCAAUCCGCCACGACCAUGAUUGUGAUUUGAGAGCUGACAAUUCUAUCACACACACGAUAGUCGUACCACCACCGAGUCUGGAAAAUGUUGAACCAGUUGAAGAAGUUGAAAUCAAUGACGUAGCGAUAUAUUUCGGCAACGAUUCAAAGGAAGAUAGUUCAGAAAAACAGGACCCAGUCACUGAAAUAUCAGUAGCUACAAGCGUCAGCGAGAAUUUCGAGUACAAGAAACCGGAAUACGGUGAAAAAAUCAAAAAGGAUACUUAA